AUGAACUUUUCGAGAUCGCAGCCGAACACGCCACGUGGCGCUUCUGGCAUCGAGACCAGAGCUCCGCUGUAUGGCAGAGAUUAUCCGCCAUUGCGAUCUCGAAGCCAAACCAAUAUGGAUCAGGACUAUGGAGAUCGAUAUACUAUGCCAGCUCCGUAUUAUGACAAUCGCGCGCUUGAUAGAAGCGCAAGAAGCAAAUCCUUAGAUGCUCGUGAGUUUCGUGGAGAUGAAUACCCAUAUCGAGAUGAUUAUGCGAACGGACCUGUCAUGAUUCCAAUUCGACGUGAAAGCGCACGACGGCCUUUGGAUGUUCGCGAUUCGCCGCAAUUACGACAACGCGAGAUGGAUCCAAUUUAUCCUGUCGAACGUCCCGGACCCGAUAUCCAUAUUCCAUACAAUAAUCGGGAUCGUGAGUUUGGCGCUUCACGCCGCCAAUAUGAAAGUGGUUUUCCUGGAGACAGCCCACGAUCGUUUUCGUCUCGCCUUCAAGACCGCCGCCCGUACGAAUACGAUGAUCGCCGCUUCCAGGAUGAAUUCGAUAGGGACGAUCUAGGACCGGUUGUGCCGGCUGCACCGCCUGCUGGAACGUUGCAUCCUUAUCGUACCGGUGGAAGUGGCGCUUAUCGUUCCAGCAGCCAUCAUAGAAGUCAUCAUGAAUCGCACGGAGGAGGACACGACGCUUCUUUCGGGCAGUCUAGAAUUGUUGGAGCUCCGAUCACCCAACAACCACAAAUGUUCCAUCAUGCUGAUGGAAGACCAGUUCGGCCAAUUCAACAUCAUCGAGUUCAUUGCUGUUGCUUCAACUUUGUCUGGCCACCAUGGAGCUAUGAACAAGCUCCUCCACCACAACAGAUUUAUAGAAAUAUCUAA